GAGUGAGUGCCUGCCCCACGGCGGCCCUCCAGCCAACCACCGCACUCCACCUCCACCGUGGCCCAUGGGUGAAUAAACAAGCUGUUCAACACUCCUUCGUCCCCGGUUACUCCAGCAAGCGCGCCUCGCCAUGUUCAUCCAUAUAUACCCAGCCUUCCGCUUCCUUGAGCUCAGCUCAGACACUCACACGGUCACACCCCUUUUCUUCAGUUCUUCCUCACACCGAGAGCUCAGUCGCGGCCUUGCUAGAAAAACCACUUCUACACCCAGCCAAGUAUACCAUGGCGGCGUCCGUGGCCUGCGCCUUCUUCUUCGACGCCGAGCCGGUCGGCGAGCCGGGCCGGCACGCCCUGGACGCGUGCGCGCUCUGCGCCAAGCCGCUCGCGCGCGACAGGGACGUCUUCAUGUACAGAGGGGACACCCCCUUCUGCAGCGAGGACUGCCGCCACGAGCAGAUGCGCCUCGACGACGUCCGCGACAGGCACGCAGCCCGGAGGCAGCAGCGGUACUCAUCUGGAACAGCGGAGUCCCGUCGCGGGCAGCGAGAGGUCAGGAAGGUGUCGAUGUCGAUCGCGAGCUAGCGGCCGGCCGGAGCCCGUGGCCGAGAAAAGUAUAUGGUUUGAAGCUGUAUUCUGAAGAACCGCCGAUUUGGGGAGGCAUAUGAUGUCUCCGGUGCUCUUGCGUAGCCCGGCCUCGGCGCAGCCUGGCUAGACGAGGCCGGAGCAUAGUUGCUCGUAGAGUCAAGAUGCGUUCCAUGGCGAGCUAAUUAAGCUGCGCGGAUGGGUCCGUGUGUGGUUGUGCCCAUCAAUUGUUUUGGUUGGAAACCGUAGAUAUCAAAAAAUCAAUCAAACGGGGUUCUGUGUGCUUUACCUUCUGUUUGGGCAACUCAAACAAGAAAUCAAUCUCUUAUUUAUUUGUUUCCAUUGUAA